AUGACGGACAACCAUAAUUGGGGGCCUAAACCGUUCAAAUUAAACAAUGAAUGGUUCUCCAAUGCUUCUUUCGUGCCUUUUGUGGAAAGGGAGUGGAAAAACUUGGUGGUCCAUGGACGAGGCGAUUUUAUUUUGAAGGAGAAGCUUAGACUCAUUAAAGACAAAAUCAAGAUGUGGAACAAGGACGUUUUCGGGAAGAUUGAUCUUGAGAUUGAUGAAGGAGUGCACGACAUCAAUACCGUGGAUGAGAGGUUAGAUUUCGAUCUUUUAUCUUCUUCCACCUUCGAUGAUGACAUUGUUCUUAGAAAGGAGGCGACGGGUAGAUUUUGGAGAAAUUUAAGGAUUAAAGAGAAUAUGCUCUUGCAAAGAUCUAAACUUUUGUUGCUUAAGGAGGCUGAUUCGAAUAGUGCCUUUUUUCAUAAAGUGAUGAAACAAAGGAGAAGACAAAAUCAUUUAGGUCCGAUUAAUUCCCCGAGAGGUUUGGUGGAAUCAGUGGAAGAAAUUAGGGAGGAGGUGUUUUCUCAUUUUGAGAAGAAGUUCGCCGAAUCAGAGCCGUUCCGACCUACAUUGGACGGUAUCCACUUCAAGUCCAUUAGUAGGGAAGAAGCGGAGGGUCUAGAGAAACCGUUCCUUGAGUUUGAGAUUAAGAAGGCGGUGUGGGAGUGCGGAGGGUCGAAGAGUCCGGGUCCCGAUGGAUUCUCUUUUCUUUUUUUGAAAAAAUGUUGGCACUUUAUUAAAGAGGAUUUUAUCAAUUUUUUCAAUUGCUUUUUUCAAGGAGGUCCGAUAGCUAGAGGGAUCACAUCUUCCUUCUUGACUUUAAUUCCAAAGGUAAACAACUCGGUGGGCUUGAAUGAUUAUAGAUCCAUUUGCUUGGUGGGAUGUUUAUACAAGGCGGUUUCAAAACUUUUAACGGGUAGAUUAAAAGUGGUGCUUAACUCAAUUAUUUCUCCUUCUCAAAAUGCUUUUGUUCCCGGUAGACAAUUAUUGGAUGGUGUUAUUGUGGCUAACUAA